GUAUUGCGCAUUUGGGGGGGCGGCGGAUGCGGCGUGAGCUCGACUGUAGCUCAGCUCAGCGUUCGCCUGACCGUCAGACGCGCACCGCGUCGACUUUCAGACGUGUCACAAGCCCCGCGGCGACCGGGAGGGCGCGCUUCGUGCUUCGAGCUCGCCGGCAGCGGACCGCACGCCGGCGUCAAAAUGGCGUCCAAACGUGUGGGCGGGAAAGGGCGCCGCGCUUCCACUCGGGUCAUUACGGUAGCUCCGGAGGAGCACCGGAGAGGCGGGAGAACCGCGGCAGAAGACACCGACCGACGACGGCUUUGAGGCGGCCGCAGCAGCGCCAGCCAGCCAGCCAGCCAGCCAACACGACACUCACUCGCUCGCUCCCUUCGGGCGGCGGCGGCGGCGUGACAUGAGCCGCUAGCAUGAACGGAGCCGUGUACAUUCCGUUCUUCCAGGGCCAGCUCGAGUCCGUCCUGGAGCAGGUGGUCCAGCUGGCCGUCCAGGAGAUCAGCUCGACGGUCGGCUCCAGCCUCAACGCGUUGCUCCUGGAGGCCGCAGUCCACGAGCGGGAGAACCGUCGCCUGCGGCUGCGCCUGCAGGCGUGGGAGAGCCGCCGGGCUCACGGCGAGGACCGGGCGGCGGCCGGCGACGACAGCCCGGACGACGCGGGCUGGACGAAACCCGAGCGGCCGGCCACCGGCGGACCCACCGACAGCCGCCGCCUGGAGCAGAGGGGCCGAGUCGCGGAGCAACUGAAGUGCGCGAUGGAGCGCGCUCUGCACUCGGCUCUGUGCCAGCUCAAGAAGAUGGUGGAAGCGUCCUUCGACGACCUCCUGCUGGAGAUCACCCAGAAGGAGUGCGAGAGGCAGCGGCUACAGGCCCGGCUGGACCGCCGUCGGGCCUCCGCGCGCCGCGAGGCCCGGGACGACCCGGGCUCGUCCGGCGGCUUCGAGGACGCCCGCCGGGAGGCGGGCUUAGUGGACGAGGAGGACGCGUCGGCGUUGGGACACGAGUGGUGCGGAGACGUCUGGAAGCUCAAAGGGUCGGCUGGAGGGGGCGGGGCGAGCGAGGGACCUGCGCUGACCCUGGGGUCGCCCCCACCGCAGGACCCCCGCUGGACGCCUCUGGAGGACAUGGACGUCCUCUCCCCCGACCGGGAUGCCGCGUCUCCGCCCGCGCCCCCCCCUCCGCUGAACCCCUCAGGAAGUUGGGGCGUGCGUUCGUCGGCCUCCAUGUUGCAGCGCCUGCUGACCGCCUCGCAGCCGGCAGACGACCACGCGAGGGCCGCUCACAAGAAGCCACGGCACGCGGGGGUGACGCCGGCCGGCCGGGGCGCCGAGCAGCAGGAGCAGGAGGAGGAGGAGGAGGAAGAAGACGACGACGGCGAGGGAGAGGAGGAAGAGGAGGAGAAAGGGAAGAAGAGGAAGAGACGCACGGUUUGGUCAGAGUGCGAGGAUUGCGGCCGCAGGUUCAGUCGCGUGUUGCUGCUCAAAGCUCAUCGCCAGACUCACGCCGACGCCGCCGUCGGCGUCUCGCCGUGCCGGUGUUCGCGGUGCGGCAAACGGUUCUCCUCAGCGAGCCGCCUCCACGGCCACUUGCGAGCCAAACACCAGUCGUGAACUCCCCGGCGCACCCCAGGAAACAAACGGCACUUAACGGUACACGCACGCACGCACACUAGUUCUGAUAAAUGUGAAAUAUGCCAAAAGGGAAAGAAAAAUACUUUUUGCUCGAAUCAUCUGAACCCUCAUCAAUCACAAGUACAGUGAACCCAUGUUUACCACUGGGGAUAAAUAAGUUCCACACCCACCUGCGAUCCGGGAAAAUCCGUGUGUGUGUGUGUGUGUGUGUGUGUGUGUGUAUAUAUAUAUAUAUAUAUAUAUGUGUGUGUGUGUACAAGUGGGUACGGAAAGUAUUCAGACCCCCUUAAAUUUUUCACUCUUUGUUAUAUUUCAGCCAUUUGCUAAAAUCACUUCUUUUUUCCCCUCAUUAAUGUACACACAUCACGCCAUAUUGACAGAAAAAAAUGGAAUUCAUUCAUUCUUUCAUCUUCCGUUCCGCUUAUCAACACGUGGGCGUGCUGGAGCCCAUCCCAGCCAUCUUCGGGCGAGAGGCGGGGUACACCCUGAACCGGUCGUCACCCAAUCGCAGGGCACAUAGAAACAAACAACCAUUCGCACUCACAUUCCUACCUACGGGCAAUUUAGAGUCUUCAGUGAACCUAGCACGCAUGUUUUUGGGAUGCGGGAGGAAAGCGGAGUGCCCGGAGAAAAGCCACGCGGGCGCGGGGAGAACAUGCGAACUCCACACGGGCGGGGCCGGGAUUCGAAUCCCGGUCCUCAAAACUCUGAGGCAGAUGUGCUAACCAGUCGCCCACCGUGCCGCCUGCAGAUUUAUUAAAAAAGAAAGAAAGAAAAACUGAAAUGUCACACAGCCAUAAGUAUUCUGUAGCGUAUACGGGUUAAAGAAAAAUGUAACUCAUUUAGGAGAAAAGAAUGGGCUGGAAGCGAGACCUGUGUUACUUCCGGUUUAUCGUCAUUUUAAAUGACAGCGUUAUAAAUCAAGCUAUUUUAGCUAUUAAGAGGGGCAACACGUUGCUAUUUAUGUGUAUAAAAUUGAAGAAAACCAAGGAGAAACCUUAUCAGUCUGGUAUUCUGAAGGUUGCUACACUUUAUGAAAUUGUGAUAAGAGUUCUCGACGGCCAGAGGUUUCUUUCCCCGAACCCAAACGCAACAAUGCGGGAAAAUUGAAUGAUCUAACAUGGGGAAUGUACAGGGAAACAACACAGAACAAACCAAGUACAGACGAACAUUGGCAAAGGAAAGUGACGUGGGAUGUGAGAUUGGUAGAAUGAGCGUGUAGUGAAUGCAUAUCGCUGGGGAUUUAAAGCCAAAUAUGCGCUCAUCUGUACUUUUAGUAGACCGCAAUGUUCGACUUGGGUGUCUUGGACACGUUUGAGGCAAACGGUUCAAGCCGACCCGGUCCGCAUCGGGAACAGGGGAACAUUUGGCAGAAAGGAAAAAAGGAGCCCAAAAAGUUCUCGGCUCGCAAGACGUUCGGAACGGGCGCGUUGCGCCUGCUUCCGUCCCCCCCGGGUGAGCGUAGGCCCCCAAAAAGGGUAGCUCGGAGCGCUCGCAGGAUGCUCUGCGGUCGGGCAUGGUCCUGGCGGCGAGGUGGACGUCCUGCCUGGGCCAGUCGGUCGGGUCAGACGAGAUCUGGCACAGAGAGCAUAGCGCCGGCCUUUUUAUGACCGAAGCGAGCCAAAAGGGGGUGCCCCCCCCUCCUCUUUCUUUCCUUCCCACCACCAAGGUGUUGAUAUGGAGCAUUUUCAUUCAGUUUGAGCUUCUAAACCGAUUAUCAUCGGAAUAGAAGGCUCCAUGUAAACCAGGCUAGCAGCUCUUUAUUCUUUAUUGCAGACCCAGGGGGAUCCAUAUCACAGUCAAGAAAAACAAUUGAUUGGAGAAACAAGCGCGGAAAUGAUAACAACAACAACAAUAAUAAUCAUCAUCAUACUGAUUGAAAAGAAAUAAAAUAUUAACAAUGCCAACAUUUCAGAGGCAUUAAAAAAACAAUUGUUUAUCGUGAUAGUUUUUGGGACAAUAUAUCGUCUUAAUGCUAAACGCCAUGUUAUGGAUAACAUAAAUUAGUAUAGAUUAUCCAGUAAUCCUAAAUGUAAAAGUAUUCCUUUGCGCAGGUUCUUUCUCUUUUGCUGUGAUGAAUAGAAGACUAUCUUACAAGAUCACUUUGACGAAAGGAAAUGAAGACUGUCGCUCGCAGUUUCCCAAAGAAGAGCCAAAGUGUGCUUGCUUCCUUCCAGCUGUUUUUGUCACUUCUGGUUGAAGUUUACUGUAAAACUGACAUACAAAACACAAUCAUGCAAUAUUUUGUAUUUCAAAGCCAAAAUGUUCGAGCAAACCACAUACAUCAUAACAAAGGUCCACUAGCUUAACGCAAACAUAGAAUUGAAUGCGAAACACCAUUGGCGGGUUAAGUGACAUUAGCAUAGAUGUAACGGUAGUUCCAAUUAGUGUUCCAAAACUAUUUGUCAUUCAACUGAUGUCGACUGUCAGUUGCAGUCGCUACGUUUGGAAUGCUUCAAAUUGGCCAAUCUAGCGGCUUUACUGUACAAAACUUGACGAGCGUCGAUGGCAGCAAAGAUCGGAAGACGUGACAGCGGACCAUUUCGUGCUUGCUUUUGCUUUCCCGCAAAUGUCGCAGGCGCAGGACCUGUGCUGGUCAUGUGACCUUGCCAGGAUUUAAGAGCGCGGAGGAGGAGGAGGAGGACGACGUUUGCGUCAAGACGAUUAUCAAAAGAUGUCUGACAGGUCGCCGAGGAGCUCGACAUUCCGGGCGUUCCGCUCGUCUCUCAGGAUUGUUGUGGUGUUUUUCCUGCUUUGUGUUCCACUCGUGAAUGUUUCCUGGCGUUCCACCUCACACGCGUAGAGACCUCGUUGGAGCGCUUUCCACACACACGCCUUUUGUUACCUCAGUCACAUUUCGAGGCGUCGGCAGAUGUUUCGAGAACAAACUUGUGAUGAUCGCUCAUCAAUGUGAAUUUGUUUUCCUUUUAUUUUGACUUCUCUUGGCUUUUCCAGAACCUCAGUCGAUCUUUUCCUGAUGUUUGUAAACAAUAGGCGGGCUUUCAAGGUAUUCAGGAAACGCUCGUUUAUCGCGGGGGUUAUGUUCCAGAAACCCCCACAAUCAUUGAAAUCUGCUAAGUAAGUGACCAAUUAUUUAUUAUAGAAAUGUUUCAUAUGCAUUUUGAGGCCUAUAAGUGAUACUUUCGAGAGGUGCAGGUAUUUAAUUUAUCCACGUAAGGUCACCAUCCACAAACUCGAGACAAGCACAUGCCUAUCAAAGGUGGGUGUGCUCUGCUUGGAUGACGUGAUCAACAGCUCAUGUAUGAGCAGGCAAUUUCCUGCCUUAAGCAUUGGCACCGUUCCUCACACUGACAGUCCUGGAAGUGUAUUCAGUGAAAAGCAUUAUGGGAACCCAGAUUUCAUUGUGGGGAUGUUUUUAACUUCAGUACUGUAGUUGUAGAAAAUCAAGCUAAACGUUGCUCUUUACUUGCAUUUGUUCCUGUUGAUAUUGUUAUGAAUGUGUACAUUAGCUAUUCGUCAGGAUAAGGUUGGUAUUUGUGAAUUUAUUUCAUAAAACUGUGGCUUUUUUUUUUUUUAAACAGUGGCUUUCCGAUAAUGUUCUUCGUAUCCUCAAGCAAUCUGGCGACUUACCAAAUAUGAGUGUGACUCUGUAAGGUUUCUUGUUCUGUCAAGAAUGAGAGGCCAAUUGACCUUAUGUGAGUCAUUGCUGCCACAUUAAAAUCAUUCAGUCAUUAAAGCCAACCGUAUCAGAGAUGUGCAGGUGAGUCACUGCACUACACUGACAUAGAAAAAAAAUCUAAUGAAAUCAUGAUGCACUGAAUCCACAAUAAGUGAACUGCGAUAUAGCAAGGAUGACUGUACUGCAGUUUUAAAGUCCGUUUCGAAACCGCUAAAACUUUCCGUGUGGUAUAAGCUGUUUUUUUUUUUUUUAAGAAUAUCACAUUAACGAGCGCGCUGCCUAUCAGUCACUCUUUGACAAAGUCAAGCAAACCAUAAUAUAUGACGAGGAGGCUGUCUUGAAAUGAAUGUUUGCAAGCAGCUACAAGCGUUGACGUGUCUACAGUUGGUGCAAGAAAUACUACCGAGGUAGCUUUCUAGCAUGGCUAACAUCAGUUUGUUUCUGCUUUUUUAUUACUUAACAAAGGAGAGAAGUUGCUGCUCAUUUUGUCAUAAUUAAGUACUUUGAGUUGUACUGCAUUUUGAUUUUAUUAAGGCGUUCUUGUUUGCCUUAGCUGGUUAAACAACGGAAAUUGUUAUAAAGAGUCUUAAGAUUUGACAAAUCCUCGUGUGUACCUGAGCGUACGUGUUGAAAUGUUAAUUACGGCCAGCAUUAACCUCAAUGUAACAUCUUUUGGACCGACACUUCACACAUUCAAACUACAAAAGAAAAGAUUGAAGCUAUUUCAUGGUAAAAAGCUUGCAAAAGACUCGAGUCACACUCCCAAGUCCAAUUGGAACACGCGUACUGUCUCCAUGUCCCGAUUCCUCGCCAUAUUCGUGCUGUCGACAGACCCGUCAUAGAUAUUGAUAUGAUGUCAAAUUGUAAUAUUAUGUCACUCCAUGUUUGACAGCGGUCAUGUUGAUGCUCAAGCGAAGAAGCGCUGCUCUUCAUGUACACACACACACACAAAUGGGAUUAAUGGUGUGUACGUUUUGUAAUGUUGCUGAAAUGUUUUGUCAUUGGAUGCAAUACUUUUGAUACACUUUUUGUAUUUGAAUGGUGACCAUUGAUGUAAACUUUUCAAUGUUUUAGUUUUGAUCAAGAACAUCAAUAAAUGUUGACAAACGAA